UUGCCACCAUCAAACAUCAAUCCACACUCAUUUCCCUCCUCUAAACCCACCUUCUUCACUUCACUAAUCUCAUAAUACAAGCAAAAGCACUCCUUCCGAGGUCUUGAAAGACCUCUGUUGGAUGCUAUUGCUAGUUAUUUUCUCUUAAAACCAAACAACAAAAGAUAAAAAUUCCAGUACCAACUGCGUGGGUAUUAAUAGUUGGAGAUGUCUGCCUCACUUAGCAAGAGCUUCCUAUUAUCUUCAGCUGAGGAGGUCAUGGAUUCCAAGAAGCAAGGCAUAGUAUCCAUUCUGGGAUCGGAUGCUGAGAGACCCACCAAAGCUACGUCACUUAGAAGAACUCUGUCUGCCGAUAUGUCGUCCCGGAAAUGGCUGUCUCCCCUGAAAAAGAGUCCAUCAUCCCAAGAAUUCCCUGUUCCUUCUUCAUUUGAAGAAGAGGGGGAAAAUGAAGCACCAGAUCAAUCCCAUAUCUGGGCUUCAAUUCAACAUGAAAAGAAGCAACCUCAAAACCCUUCCCAGUUCGAUAUAUGGAGCUCAAUCAUAUCACAAAAGGCUGAACAAGAGUCUUUCAAGUCUUCCCCACCUUAUAUUCACCCUCUUGUGAAACGAUCCACCAGUUGUUUAAGCGAGAAAAGCCUUGAAAUCUGCACUGAGAGCCUUGGUUCUGAGACUGGCUCUGAUGGGUUCUCUUCAGAAACUGGUGAGGUGGAGGAAGAUCAACAUCUGCAACACCAAAAGCAAGAAACACUAGAACCCAUGAUGAUGCCUUGUUUCCAUGGUGAAAAGGCGACAACUGUGAAAUACAGCUAUGAUGUUGGCAAGAAAUCGCCAAACCCAUCAUUUCCACCGCCGAUUCCUUCCCUUUCUGGCAAAGGUGGAGCAUCGAGGCGCUUGAAGACUCAUCGUGAUAAUGGUAAAUUGGUUAUUGAAGCUGUUUCAAUGCCUUCAUUGAACAACUUCCUAGCUCAACGCCAAGACGGCCGCCUUGUCCUCACUUUUGCCAAUACCACUGCUCCUAGUGAAGCACCAGAAGAAGAAAGUAAGGAGGUAGGAGAGUUGGAAGAAGAGUUUGAAAACUUUGGAGAGAAAGAAAGUGAAAUAGGCAUUGAUGAUGAUGAUGAUGGUGAUGAUGAUGAUGAUGAAGGAGAGGAGGAAAGUGAGAUUGGGCUGGCUCCUAACCUAUCAUGUGGAGCAAUGAAUGUGCAUAGGUUAGCUGUAAUGAUGAACAAGCCCAUAUGGUUAGCAAAUAGGAGGAACCCAACAUGGCCUAAAAAUUUUGACGAAAUAGUCAAUUUUGGAGAGGAAAGGGAAGGGAAAGUUGAGUCAAAUAGCCCACCACCACUAGCACAGUCAUUGCCACCACGUCCACCACCGUCCAAGGCUGCUGGAGUAGGAGCAGCUUCAUCAUUCAAUGCUUAUGAGUACUACUGGAGGAGGCCCAAUCAGGGAAUGUCAAAGACGGCAGCGGUAGUUGUUGACCCACUUGCUCAACAGUCACCACCAGGGAAGGACGAUAGCAAGCGGCUUAUCCUGACAAAGAAUCUAAUGGCUAAUAAAGAUCAACAACACUUGCAAGAGUUGGAAGGGAAGAAAGGUGAUUACAUUGUUCCUUUGUUAAAAGGCUGCAAGGAACCUAGGAGGUCCCUUCUGCUCUGGGAGCCCUAUUCCAUUGCCACUUCCUGAUUACCCAAAAAUACCAUCUCCAAAUUGUCCCUAUUAUUAUUGUUAUUACUUACUAUUGAUUACCCUUUCUUUUCUUUUCUUUUUCUCUCCUAGCUAAUUUUUCCACAUCCACUCGUUGAGAGUGAUUGUGUAGUCAAAAUUUCUAAUAAAAGGAUCUACGAAAAAGGAGAGAAUACUUUUUUGGAAAUUUUGGAAGAUGAAAUUUGGAAUAUAUACUGGUAAUUUUGUAUAA